AGAUGGUGGGCCUGCCUAGGCGGAAGGGAGAGGCUGUGCGCCUAGAAAGAGCCUAUGAGGAAGCUGACACCCCAGCACAAGCCAGAGGUUCUGGGGUCUUUACCGCCAGGAUAGGGCCAAACCUGCUGAGCCGGGCCGCCCCCUCGCCCACGCCCACUCUCAGCACCUGGAGCCCGACCUUUGGCUGGCGUCUCCGCCUCCUCCGCCCCGCGGACUGUCGCACCCUCCCGAGCCAAAGACUGUACUCAGUCGCCAGCGGGACAGGCCAGGCUCUGGAAGGACCCCGGAAGUCAUGGAGGUCCUGGCCGUGGCCAGAUACCGCGCCCAGAAGCAGGACGAGCUGAGCCUGGCGCCCGGGGACGUGGUCCGGCAGGUGCGCCAGGGGCCCGCGAGGGGCUGGCUGCGUGGAGAGCUCGGGGGCCGCUCUGGCCUUUUCCCCAAGCGCUUGGUGCAGGAGAUUCCAGAAGUCCUACGAGUUGCGGGGGAAGCACUGAGACCACGCUGCACACGCCGCCUACGGCACCCCUCCAAAUCUCGGGGCCCGCAAAGAUGGUGCAAAGUGAACUUCAGCUACAGCCCGGAGCAGGUGGACGAGCUGAAGCUGCAAGCUGGGGAGAUUGUAGAAGUGAUAAAGGAGAUUGAGGACGGCUGGUGGCUGGGAAAGAAGAACGGGCAGCUGGGAGCCUUCCCAUCCAACUUUGUGGAGUUGCUGGACAGUGGGCCCCCAAGUCUUGGUAAUACAGACCUGCCUUCCAUCAACCCUGGUCCUCAACAGCCUCCUAAGCUGGGCAGCUUGACCUCUGAGAGGCCUCCAGACUACCUGCAGACAGUCUCCUACCCAGAGACCUACAGGGCCCUGUUUGACUACCAGCCGGAGGCCCCUGAUGAGUUGCCACUGAAGAGGGGGGAUGAGGUGAAAGUACUGCGAAAGAACACAGAGGAUAAAGGCUGGUGGGAAGGAGAAUGUCAAGGCAAAAGAGGUGUUUUUCCAGACAACUUUGUACUCCCACCACCCCCAGUCAAGAAACUGGUCCCACGGAGAGUGGUCUCUCGGGAAUCAGUUCCUAAUGAAUCAAAGAAACUGAUGGCCAGAACAUCCCUUCCUACUGUCAAAAAGCUGGUCAAAGCUCCCAAUGGACCCAGCAAAGCCAAGACAUCCUGUGGGGACAGUCAGAAGCACCCCACCCGGGAUGCAGGCUCCAGUGGCAGCCUCCUCAGUGGAGGUCUGGGGCAACCUGGCAGAAAGCGAUCCAAAACCCAGGCUCCCCGCCAGCACUCUGCACCCAGUCAGGGGGGAGAUCACACCAGCUUGGCAAAGGCCCCUUGUGUGACUAGAACCCCAACAUUCUACAAGACCCCCACCAAAGAGAAGACCCCAUCUCCAAAUAAGAUCCCCAAUCCAGAGAAGACCCCAUCUCCAAAUAAAACCCCCAAUCCAGAGAAGACCCUGACUUUGGAGGAGAAGGCCUCCAUCCCAGAGAAGCCCUUGUCUCCUGGCAAAGUCUCCACCCCGGAGAAGACCCUGGUUCUGGACAAGGACUCCACUCCAGAGAGGGUCUUUUCUAUGGAUUUGGUCCCUGCUCCAGAAGGUUCACCUAAGGAUGAAGCCCUUGGCCAAAAUGUGGCCCCCACAGUAGAAAAGCUUGUGACCCCAGCACAGGGGCUUCCCAGAGAGGUCUCCCUGGGAAAGUGCACUCAAUUCCAGUGCUUCUCUUCUAAAGAAUGCCUGCAGGGGAGUCAGGCUUUGGUGGCCUUGGAGACCCAGCCCCCAGAAAAGGUCUUAUUGCCAGAGCAGGCUCCCCUGCAGUCCAGCUCCUCAGAGAGAUGCUGUUCUAUGACAAGACAGGGGGACAGCUCCCUGUUUCAAGAGGAGCCCCAGUCCCGGCUGUGGUCUGUGCCUGCUCUUGAGAAGGCCUGGCCCUCGGGGAAGGCUGAAGCCCUCGGGAAGGAGGCACCUGCAGAGGAGCCUACUCUGAAAGACUCUGAAAAGCAGGGAGCCCCUGAUCCCCAAAUCCCACACACUAUCAAGCAGACUCCAGACUCCCCGGAGACUCCCACCUUUCAUUCCCUGGUUAUGCAAAACUCUGGCAACAAGAACGACAAAGUGGACGUGACAACGCUAAUGCAUGAAGUAACGGCUCUCAGCAGCGCCCUGGAGCACCUGGAGCUGCAGAUGGAAAGGAAGAUGGCUGAGGUCUGGGAGGAGCUGAAGAGAGAGCAGGAGGAGCGCCGCUCUUUGGAGGUUCGGCUGAUGCAGAAGACCCAGAAGCCCCCGACUGGGGACUUCAAGCACGUGGAGACCCAGACGCAGUGAUGACUGCCACCCCCCGCCCCCCCAGGAACACAGCUCAGGACACUUGCGUCCUUACAUGCCUCUUUGGGAAACAAAUGCAGAAAGUAAACUGAGGUGGAUAUGCCUAGUCGGCCUGGUCUGUGCAGGGCGGAGCCUGGCCGCCGGCGCUCUCGCUCUUGGGCCUCCGCAUUCCUUGCGGUCUC